GUUGAUAGCGUCUUUCCUAGUGAACACUAUUGCUGUGGGUUAUGGUUAUUUUACGUUGCCGCCAAACAAAUUGAGAUGCCGUUCAUGCAAAAGAGCCUCCGAUCUUUCGGACUGUAACCACCUGGAGAUAUGUGAUAAAACCCUUCAGGAUUGUUACAUGGAACAGGUCGUAACAGACACACAGUCAAUUGUGUAUAAUGGAGGAUGUCAGUCUAAACAGGUUUGUGCCGUUGCUUCGGGCUCGACGCCUGUUGGUAAGAAAAGAGAGAUGAUAACUUGCUCCAGAUGCUGUAAUACUGCCGAUGACUGUAACAAACGUCUAUGUGGAUUGCAGGAACCCUCAACUAACUCCGUGCGAUGCUACCACUGUGACCACAGAACAUCAUCUCAAAGUGAGGUCAAAGACCCAGACACCUGUGUUACUCUUGGGUACUGUCAACCAAAUGAGAAAUGUUACGUUUCACAAUAUGACGUUGGUGGAAGAGACACGUAUUUCUACGGAUGUCUUAACAAAGUGGUAUGUGAGACUCUUAUGAAGUCAGCCUACCAAGAUUAUCUAGUAUGUGUUGCUAACAAAACCCAAACCUUGUCCAAUUCUGACCGGGAUAAUAUCUGUGGUAUCAUUAAUAAGCGCAGUGCCUUUCUCUGUACCUCUUGUUGUGGAGAUAAUGGUUGUAACUAUGGCACAUGUAAAGAACUAAGAGAGAGAUUGUUUAACCUCGCUUUACUCGGAAAAUUUGAUUUCAGUACUUUGAAAAUUAUUCCUUAGUUUAUUUCAAGUUGCAUGACAACAAAUUCAAGCAGAUAAAGUAAUUUACAUAUUA